AUGGAUGCUCACAUUGAAAAUAGGACUUAUAUUCCAGCAUCGGUAGGGCAGAACGGCAAAUGUCAUGAUGAUCAGGAAGGCUCAAGCUCAGAAGUUGCCCUCACAGUGGAAGUCUGCCAGUAUGCUACCUCGUCAGCUGAUCCAAUUCAGAUAGCUGAUCAUGUAAGACAAUAUCUCAGCAAUCGCAGCUUUGUCUACCAAGAUGAGGUCAUUCCAGUCUCUGAGGAGGACCAAUACCUACAAAGUCAUGUGGAGUCGAUCAGACUUUGCGACUGUGAAACAGACAGAGAAACAGCGCUGGGAACUCGCCUUCUAUUCUGGCAGGUGCAUCUGAACGUGCAUGUAUUUCAGCUGAGUGAGGAGGGACCAGCAGAUGAUGAUGAGACAGAAGACAACGUGUCAGUCUACAGAGAAUGGAUGCUGCCAGCCCGGGAGUUUCACAACCUGUGGGAUAGCCUCCUAUAUGAAGAGGAUAUCAAGGGGCGUCUGCUCCAUUAUGCUUCAACGGCUUUGCUGUUUGGUGAGAGAGGUGUGGACAGCCACCUGGUGUCCUUCAACCGCACGGUGUUGCUGCAUGGGCCACCUGGCACCGGGAAGACCACGCUUUGCAAAGCCUUGGCACAGAAGCUAGCUGUGCGCUUCAGCAGAAGGUGGUUCUCCCAGGGGCAGCUCAUUGAAGUCAAUGCGCACAGUCUGUUCAGCAAGUGGUUCAGCGAGAGCGGAAAGCUGGUGUCAAAGCUCUUCUCCAAGAUCAUGGAGCUGGUGGAGGAGGAGGACAGUCUGGUGUGUGUGCUGCUUGAUGAGGUGGAGUCUCUCACGCGCGCUCGCAGCGCCUCUGUCUCUGGAUCUGAGCCAGCCGACGCCAUCAGGGCCGUCAACGCACUGCUGACCCAGCUGGAUGCGCUCAAGGCCUACCCAAACGUCCUAGUGCUGACCACAUCAAACAUCACGGAGGCCAUAGACCUGGCCUUUGUGGACCGCGCAGACAUCAAAGCAUAUGUGGGACCUCCCGGCGCCCAGGCCCGGUACGAGAUCUUGAGAUCCUGCGUGCUGGAGCUGCAUCGUGUGGGCAUCCUGGCCAAGGACCAGGCGCAGCAGGAUGCAAGCACUGCCCUGCUGGAAGCGGCUGCCGCAUGCGCUGGGUUCUCAGGGCGCAUGCUGCGGAAGCUGCCCUUCCUGGCGCAUGCGAGGGGAUGCUCGCUCAGCAGAGGGCGCACUCUAUCCUGCCAGGCAUUUGCAUGCCAGCUCAGACAGGCAUCUGAGCUGGAGGCGCAUGACAGAGGCCUCAUGAAGUGA